GGCCGUCACGUACAUCUGAUCGGAGGUGUGUAUGUGAAAUUCGACGCCGAUUUGACGUGACACGGGUGGGCCGUGCAUCGUGCACCUCGCGCCGCUGGCAUGGUGAUCGCGCGGAGGUAACCGGACCUGGGCAUCGACGCGAACCGUCCUGGGCGUCGUCGUCGAUGAUUGUUCCUGUCCCCGCGGCCGCCGGCGGCUCGAAUCAUGUUCAGCAAAAAGCUCCAUGUAGACGUCAAGAAGUCGACGCUCAAGAUCCAGGAUGUCAAGAAGGACAGCGCGACGCGAUUCAAGCAUCUUAAAAUCGUACUAGAAAAUGUGGACACUGACGAGGCAAAGGGCUUUUUUGAGGGUAACUUCAGCCAUGUGUACUUCAUCCUUUACGAUUGCUUCGUGUCCGCCGAAGCAAAUCUUCGGCAACGCGAGCUUUCCUUCCAUAUUGUGCAUAAGGCACACAGAGAAGAGUUAGAACAGGUAUUGCAACUUCUGGAGAAAGUUUUAACUCUUCUUCCUGAGCUGCUUAACAGACGAUGGCAGUGUCAUAGUUUAGCACGGAUUUUGCAGAAGCUCUUGCAUCCUGGUAAUAGUUGGAAACUUCGUAGACAAGCUAUAAGGUAUUUUAUUUUGUGGUAUCAAGCUCUUGGCGAAAAUGCUCCCGAACAUAUACAUCAGAUGUUUGCCAGCUUGGUGCCAGGAUUUCCACCGCAUCAAGCAUCGCCUUAUAAAUGUGAUCGUAAAACAGAUGGCAAGAAAGAAAAACUGGCGAAAGCAUCUAAUUCUGAAGAGAAAGACAAGAGAGAAUUUUAUGACACGCAACUCGGGCAAAGUACUUUUCAUGAUAAUGGAUCAAAUCAAUGUCCUAUCAGUCAAGUUGAUGGCGGGCCUAUCUUACCACCGCAAAGUGGAGAAAAGCCUCUCGACAAUGAAACUGUUAGAUUUUUGGAAGCAUUGCUUGAAUUUAUGGUUACUCAGGUGAUAAAAGUAGAAUGGCGAGAUAAAUCUACACGGCAGCAUAAAACUUUUCAAUUUUUAUUAGAACGUUUUAAAGUAGCAUAUCUUCGUCACAUCUGUCCGGAAUUCAAUGACAAUUUUUCCCUUUACAAACCUAAUUUGGAAUUACCCACAAUGCGUAAACCGAUGAAUCAAAAUCAGAAUAACUAUGUACUCUGUAAAGUGGCUUUAAUCAAAUGGGUUGCAAGUUUCACGCAUGUCGCUAGAAAAGAUGGACUUUUUUCACAUCUUUCGCAAAGUACAACACCAAACGAGGAAAAUGCCGAGUCAGAAUUACGCCGUGUGUCGGUGUAUACUCAAAAUUCUACGGAUUCAAAUUUACUGUCACCUGAAUCAGCUAUAUCUCAACAGGAUAGUCAAAAUCAAGAAGAUAGUGCCGUUUCGGCCCUGUUAGUCAGAGAGGUUUUAUAUGGAAAUAGGGAUAAUGUAAACUUUGUACAUGAAUUGUACAGACAGGCAUUUCUCCUGGAUUUUAAUCAUGCAGGAGCCAUAAGAAAGGCUAUCGCCGUUUAUAAAGAUUGGAUUCAAAUGAAUGAAAUCCCUCCAUUCAUGUUGGAACCAUUAGAUGGCCAUAAAGAUCGGGAUUACGAAGAAAGUCAAAAAAAGGAAAGUGAAAUGGAGAAGAGUCCAUCUGAUAGUUAUCGACAGACGAGAUUAAGAAACGAUUCUUAUCUUGGCGCUAUACAUCGGGAAAAUUUGUUUAUUAGGGCAGGCCUGCAAAAUGUUCUGCAAAUUUUUAUCACGCAAGCGUCAAACGUAUUUUUCUUAGAAAACUCGGGACCGAAUGCAUCUUUAACAUUACUCGAAGAACAAACGGACAGUUGUAAAAGAGUUUUAAAUGUGUAUCGAUACGUAGUUAUGCACUCUAGGCUGGAACCAGCAACCUGGGAACAGUUACUUAGAGUGUUACUGCAAAUUACAUCGCUCGUGUUAAGCGAGAAAUCCUCUCGCCGCAAGCAUCAAGAAAGUAUCGGUGGAAAACUUGCGCCUGCCAUAUUCCAGACUUUAAUUGUUACAUGGAUUAAGGCUAACUUAAACGUGGUUAUUUCUACCCAGUUAUGGGACCAGUUUCUAGAGGUGUUAACAUCGUUAACGCAAUGGGAAGAAUUAAUUCGCGAGUGGGCGAAAACUCUGGACACACUAACAAGAGUAUUAGCGAGACACGUGUACAACUUGGAUUUGAAUGAUCUACCUUUGGACAGACUCAGCGAACAAAAAUCAAAAAAGCGACGUGGAGUUGGAAGCCGCGCGGCGUCAACUGGAAGCGUACAGCCGCCUCGGAAAGGUAGCGUUGAUCAAGAAAACAAUAUCGUGCCGAAAGAAAGUGUCGUAGAUCAUCCUUUGCGUGAUAUGAGGAAAGUGCGACCAUUACCGCGCAGUGCAAGUGACAACACUAUAUACAAUGUCAAGGCUCGUACGAAGUUGCAUAGACAGCGGACGCAUACGAUACAUAGCGGUAUUCCCGUACUCCCCCUAUCGAUAGAACAAGAUAUGGCGCGGUUACUGUCAAGCGGCUCGGCUUCGUCGUCAGUGACCAGUCGGAAGAUGCUGUCUAACAGGCGUGCCAAAUCUUUGGAUAGCAUUGUUAUAGUUGAUAGCGAACCACCAUCACCACGCUGCCCGUCACCGACACCCAGCAGUGGCGUUGACAGCAACAAAGAUAGCCCUAUACAGAUAGAAAAUAUUGAUGGUAGCAGUAUUGAUACAAAUGACGCAUCUGAGAGAAGAUCAGUUAUGGCAGGUGGAGGGGUCCGUGGAUGGUUGCCAGAUGUGGCUGUCGUUUUAUGGCGACGCAUGCUCUCGGCAUUAGGAGAUGUUAAUAAUAUUCAAGAUCCCGUUUUACAUGGUCAAGUUAUGGAUUAUCUUGUGCAACUUACACAAACGUUAAUUAAAAUACGUUUGAAUCAAGGAGUAUCCGGAGAUAAUCAAGCAACACCUCCAGCACCAGAGCUAAUUCCACCUCUGACAGUCAUCGCACCUUGGUGUUUCAAGGCGAUCCAGCUUCCCGAUCAAUACGAAAUUGGCAAAUUAGCUGCAUAUCGUCUUAUAUGUCUCUUAACAGUACAACCACUGGACAUUAGUCUACCGAAACAGCAUCUUACGCUUUUCUAUCGCGCCGUUCACAAUGGAAUUGCUAGUAAUGAUAGUAAAGUACUGCAUGUACUUGUGAAAUAUACAGGACCCAGAUUAUUUAGUUUGAAUCUACCUGGAUCGAGUCUUCUGAUUUUAGACUACAUACACGCUGCAAAUGUGAUACUUAGCAGUCAAGAUGUCGAGGCACCAAGGACGGAAGCUGUUUCUAUUAUCGGUUCGUUGUUAUCCUUACCUGUUGCAAUGAUCAAACUACCCAUGUUACAACCAAAUGGGCCUGAUAUUGUAACUAUGACGUGUCCAGAAGCAAAAGAGCACAUUGUAACAAUACUUUUGCGGAGUUGUCGACGAGAACCCACUGGUAUUGCAAGAUGCCUGGCUCUGUCAAGUAUUGCGAUGUUUGUAUAUAAAGAACUAUCCUAUAAAACACAACAUCCGAGAAUUCCGGAAGCUGUUACAGUUCUUCUACUUGCACUUAGAGCUUCUCACGCUACUGUUGCACAGGUUGCGUGUGAUUCUUUGUUACUUCUUUGCGAUAAGGCUGAUAUACUACUAGAAUUGUAUCCUAAUGUGCCAUCUAAGAUAAUACAGAUCUUAUCGGAUACACUUGGGCGAAUGACAACGCGUGAAAGACGCGGACCUUUAACAGUGUCGAUGCUAUUUUGCUUAGGCGAAUGGGCUAUGCAUUUAGGACCAACAGUAUUACUACAGAUGUUCCAAGGAAAACCUCUCUUGAUGACUUUAUUUACAGUUUUAAACAACAUAGUGCAAAAUAAAGUUGGAAAGGAAUUUUCGAAAAUCGCUAAAAAUAACCAGGAUGACGAUGAUGAUUUUGAUCCUAAUAUUACAUUAGAUAAUUUAAUUGAUGAGUCCUCUAUAAAAUCACCUCGCAAAGGAAAUAUUCAGUCGGUACAAUUGGCAGCAAAAAUGGUAUUGAUGCAUUUAAUUAAUCAUCUGGGACACUUUCCGAUGGGUAUCGGUGCUGCACGUCUCUCAUCACUGGUUGUUGAAUUGGACGACGUUCCUGGAAUCGAUGGAGACGAGCUAUCUUCCGCCGUUUUUCAAGCACCUAACAUACAGCUGUUGAUGCUAUCUAAUUCGAUCAUAAUGUCACUGGUAGAAUUAGCGGCAUUGGAUGCACCUGGCGGAGGAGUCACAGCUGGUUUGACUACAGCUCCUUCUUUGGUCAGAGUUUUGUUGCGGGAUCUUGCUGGAAAAGCUUCUUGGGAUAGUUCGAUCUUGUAUAGCCAACCUUUCAUUGAUGACGAUCUGCCGCUACCGUUUGCAAAACCUGUUGAUUGGAACGUGAAAUUACAUACAGACGAUUUGAAUAGUGUCAUUACACCUCACAACUGUACACCCAGACACACAAUACGGCAUCGCGAGCCCCAUAUAUUACCGACUUUUGCGAAUGCUGCAAGCGAUAUGGAUAACUUGGACGAUCUUCUUCAAUAUAUAGGACAUACGAGCCCGGAGGUUUUGACCAAUCCAGAAGUAGCUCUCAAUGCACCCGCUAAUCCACCUCAGGGAUAUUAUCUCGAGAGCGAGACUAUUGCAACGAUUUUGAAUCAGAGAAACGCAGAGCAAGAACACAUGAAUAAUUGGAAUCAACACAUUAGUAUGAGCGCAACAGCAAUCAGUCCACCGUCAUGUCGUCCGCCUCCGGCGCCAUUUCAUCACUGCCGCCUCUUGUUUUCGCAUCUCGGUUUAUCCGGCUGGGAGCUGCGUAAGAAACUGCAUUUGCUAGCGAAAAACGAGAAGCUCUUACGUGAACUCCGUAAUCUCGAUGGCCAACGGUCUCGGGAGACACACAAGAUAGCGGUGAUUUACGUCAGCCAGGGCCAGGAAGACAAGAACUCCAUACUAAGCAAUGUCACUGCCAGUAAGGAGUAUGAGAGUUUUAUCGCGAGGCUCGCUUGGGAAGUUGAGCUGGAAUCGCACACUGGUUUUCUCGGCGGCUUGGUACCUGGAAAGGCAUCUGGUGUCACCGCACCGUACUAUGCUACAUCUUUCACUGAAGUUCUCUUCCAUGUUGCUACAAGGAUGCCAUCGGAUAGUCCUGAGAGUUUACUGCAAAAGACACGGCAUCUUGGCAAUGAUGAAAUCCACAUAGUCUGGUCGGAACAUUGGCGAGAUUAUCGCAGAGACAUCAUACCUACAGAAUUCUGCGAUGUUCUCAUUGUCAUUUAUCCAUUGAAAAACAAGCUGUAUCGAAUACAAAUUUCGCGUAAAUCGGAGAUUCCAUUUUUCGGUCCUUUAUUUGAUGAAUGUAUUGUGGAGGAUAAGGUAUUACCGGGUUUAGUGAGAACAACCGCAUUAGCCGCGAGUAAAGCAAAAAGGUCUACGCUUACGUUAUAUCAACAUUAUUAUGAGGAGAGAUCGCGAUCCAUCGAUACCGUUAUGAGAAAUCACAAGGAAGCUACAACAUUCGAGGAGUUUACGGCCAAUGUUUACUCACCAGUGCAACCGCCAAGCCCGUUUAGCGCAGCUUCGUCUGUCUCUGGAUCUACAACAAGCGUGCAAUCCACAGCAUCGUCAAACCUCGCAGCAGCGCUUAUAGAUUCGCACCAGGGACGCUCCGGUUUGCGCAGCAGUUCGACAGCGAGCAGUGACAAUCGUGCGAAUAGAGUUUCUGACGGAAGCAGAGUAUGGUUUAGUAGUGAUACCCCUGAGAGUCCUGCGCUUCACGGAAUUUCACCGAGACCUGUAAAAAAGAUGUCCUUUAAAACUGGACCAAAGCAGAAGGCUAACACGCAACCGACCCCGCCAGACAGUCCGAGAUAUAAAUAAAAGGUUUUUUUAUUUGUAUUCAGGAAAAUGCUCUGCACAACUAAUUGGGCUCAUUGAGCAUUGUACUUUAAAGGAACUAUUCGGAUAAAAAAUAGAAUAACGAAUAAUUAUACGAUAGAGUAUUCCACUGUUAGUAUUUCGCGCAUAGCGUGAAAAUUAACAACAAUGCCUGUGGCAACUUGAUACUUUUGCCAAUCGAUAUACUUUAUUCACAGUGGGAAUUGAAUAUCUGAUUAGCGUUUUCUGUUUUCCGUCCUUAGGUUUAAUUUUUAUAUUGAAUGUACAGAUCGUUGUUUAUUUGUUGCAACGUGAAUAUUAAUUUAUUGGAAAGUAUAAAUAUAUAAUAAAUUUAUUAAAUUAUAGAGGUAUAUAAUUAGGUAUACUUCUCAUAGACUUAUCGACGUCGAAAGACAGCUAUUUACAUUGUACAGCACUUUCUUAAGAUUAAUUUAUCCUAGUACUUCGAAUAGCUAGAAUAAUAAUUCUGGACUAAAAUUUCUUGAAACAUAUUAAAUGUAGCAUAGAAAUACUAACAUUGUCAGAAUGCUCUGCGGUACUGCUAUAUGGCCUUUGUAAUUUCUUAUUUGUCACACAGUAUACAUAGAAUAUGAUAUAACUAUUUUAUUAUUAAUUAGCAAGAUAAAUACGAGAGAAUUUACGAUGUUAUUCCCGAUAACGCUUGUCAGCUUAUACAUUAAAGUCAUAUUCCGAAUAUGAAGCUGAUGUGAAUUUGAUAAUUCCGUUAGCUUGAUUUGAGGCAA